GGUGCCAUGGAGACGGCGCCGCGCCAGCCCCCUCCUUCCCUCCGGCCCCGGAGGAGCUGGGCUGGCGGCAGAGUCCAGCGGACCGCUCAACUGCGAGGGCGCUGCACCCCGGACCCCAGGGAGUGAGCGCCCCCAUCACGCCCGCCAGCAACCGGAAAGAGGGACGAGGGUAGGUCACCCAGACCUCUUUGCCCCAGCUCACCUACCCGAACGUGCCCGCCUCCAUUGAAGAGUGUCCCGAAGCAGACAGUAUGGAAGGGGAGCCCUCACAGCCUCCCAACGGCAGCUGGCCCUUAAGUGAGAACGGGAGUGACGCUGACGCUGCCCUGGCUGCCAGCCUCACCUUCUCCUCCUACUACCAGCACUCCUCGCCAGUGGCAGCCGUGCUCAUCGUGGCCUACGUGCUCAUUUUCCUCCUCUGCGUGGUGGGCAAUACCCUGGUCUGCUCCAUCGUGCUCAAGAACCGGCACAUGCGCACCGUCACCAACAUGUUCAUCCUCAACCUGGCUGUCAGCGACCUGCUGGUGGGCAUAUUCUGCAUGCCCACCACCCUUGUGGACAACCUCAUCACUGGUUGGCCUUUUGACAAUGCCACGUGCAAGAUGAGUGGCUUGGUGCAGGGCAUGUCGGUAUCUGCCUCAGUUUUCACGCUGGUGGCCAUCGCCGUGGAAAGGUUCCGCUGCAUCGUGCACCCUUUCCGUGAGAAGCUGACCCUCCGGAAGGCGCUGCUCACCAUCGCGGUGAUCUGGGCGCUGGCGCUGCUCAUCAUGUGUCCGUCGGCGGUCACUCUGACCGUGACCCGAGAGGAGCAUCACUUCAUGCUGGACGCUCGCAACCGCUCCUACCCGCUCUACUCCUGCUGGGAGGCCUGGCCCGAGAAGGGCAUGCGUAAGGUCUACACCGCCGUGCUCUUCGCGCACAUCUACCUGGCGCCCCUGGCGCUCAUCGUGGUGAUGUACGCGCGCAUCGCGCGCAAGCUGUGCCAGGCCCCGGGUCCGGCGCGCGACGCGGAGGAGGCGGUGGCCGAGGGUGGCCGCGCGUCGCGCCGCAGGGCCCGCGUGGUGCACAUGCUCGUCAUGGUGGCUCUCUUCUUCACAUUGUCCUGGCUGCCGCUCUGGGCGCUGCUGCUGCUCAUCGACUACGGGCAGCUGAGCGAGACGCAGCUGCACCUGCUGUCCGUCUACGCCUUCCCCCUGGCACACUGGCUGGCCUUCUUCCACAGCAGCGCCAACCCCAUCAUCUACGGCUACUUCAACGAGAACUUCCGCCGCGGCUUCCAGGCUGCCUUCCGUGCGCAGCUCUGCCGACCGCCCUGGGCUGCCCACAAGCAAGCCUACUCCGAGCGGCCCGGCCGACUCCUGCGCAGGCGGGUGGCAGUGGAUGUACAACCCAGCGACUCAGGCCUGCCAUCCGAGUCUGGCCCCAGCAGCGGGGUCCCAGGGCCUGGCCGUCUGCCGUUGCGCAAUGGGCGCGUGGCCCACCAGGAUGGGCCCCCGGAAGGGCCUGGCUGCAACCACAUGCCCCUCACCAUCCCAGCCUGGAACAUCUGAGGUGGUCCCGAGAGGGCGGAUCUGGUGGGCCUAUGGCCCUGACUCUAAAAUGUGAUCGCUGGGCAAAAUAGCAGUAUUAGCAGAGGGUGCUAAGAUGCCUCCUUGAUGAAAAACGAGAUCGUGGGUAGCUGCCAGUGAUGGCCAAUCAGGCAGCCUUUGACCUUCCAAACCCCUUCCGCUCUGGAGCUGUAUAUGGACAACCCCUUCUCGUCAACAUCUCAGAACCCUUCUCUGCAGAGACUCUGAGGCCCAGGGAGAGGGGACAAGGUUUCUUCGUUGGAAAUCCCCCUUGACCCACACUCUAGUGAGAGUCUACUGUAUCCACAUUUCCAGUGGUCUUCCCAGGGCCCUCUGAGGCGGAGCUCAAGAAAACGUUGUCACCCUAACUAGGUGGCUGGGAAGAGGUGACCUCUGUGCUUACACACCGAGUCCCUGUGAUGGGAUCCCCUGUGUUGUGUUGCUGAGGCAGCUCCCCUCGGCCCUUUCCUGGGAAUAGUCAAGCUUUCCCCCUGCUAGCUCUGAGUGUUGGCUUUAUUCCAGGAAGCGUUCAGGGCAACACCCACUUCACAAGGUCACAACUGAGCUGCUGCAAGAAGAACCCUAGGGAGCCCGUUUAGACACAGGCUCAAGGCUCUAGGUUGUGCCAGAUGAAGGCUCCUCUCCCCGACCUCCACCACCACAGCCAGGCAGAGCUUCCAGCACCACCGACAGCUCGUGGGUGGCAGGCAAGGGGGAAAGGAAGCCAGCACAAUGCCAACUCUGCCUUCCGGAAAGAUCUCACCUGCCUGUGAGCACAAGCUUUCUUGUAGCCUUUCCUUCAUGCUUCCUGGGACUGAGAAGUUGGUCAGUCGCUGUGGGGGAAGCCCGAAGCUACACACACAAACCCUUCCACAGUGUGUGACUUGUGAGUCCUAAAAGCAAAGGAGAUCCCGCAUGCACCCCAGCAAUCACCUUGACAGAUCCCGCAUGCACCCCAGCAAUCACCUUGACAGACUGGAGCUAGGAAAUGGUUGCUGUUGCUGCUUUCUCCUACAGUCUCAGUAAUCUGCGCUACACCUGACACUUUCUUCUCACCCCGUGACCACAGCUGCUAGAAAUUUAAGGAAUUAAAAACAAAAAAUAAAACAUUCCUAGGAUUCAGGGCUCUGAACUCUUACUGUUUCCUGAACAUACACCGAUGGGCCAUUUACUGUUUCUGGGUCCGUCGGGAGCAAUGGCCAUAGUGGCAGAGAAACUGCCUCGCAGUUCUACAUGUCCAGGUGUGUCUCUGGACACUGUCAUCUGAUUCAUAAAAUGUUCUUGUCAUUUCACAAAGUGACUGAGGCCCUGUAGGGCCAGGGUCCCAGGGCCACAGGCAGCAGCAUUCCGAGAGGCUUGUCUUUGGACAGCUUGAACUGUGCCCUGCCUUUCAAAGAGGGUGGAGGCAGGCAUGGUGGGGUGGAGAGCUGGAAACUUCCUGCCAAAUGAUGAAAAGGAACGCCCACAGAAUGAACUUGAGUACCGAGUUUGGGGCAGGAAAACGUUUUCAUUGUGUUGGUCUUGUGACUUCCCGCCCGAGAUGUUCUGAGCAAAUCCUAUGCUGCCGAUGCCAGGGUCGGAAGGCUGGGAGUGAUCUGUGUAGGUAGGCACGCUGUUGCCUGAGCUGGUGCUCUGUAUGGUCCUCACUGCUGGUGUUGCGUUCAUAUCAUGUGUAUGGACACAGUGGCCUGAGAACUGCUGGUUGUUUACUGGGAAGACUUGUGACUCCAGGCUCUAAAAAUAGGCCAGAUCAAGAGCCAUAUCAACCCCGUCCCUGCGGCCCCUGGGGGCUGUGGGAGUUGCAGCCUGCUCUCUGCCCUGGGGUGUUAAAAAUCACAGCUCUCCUCAGAAAUCUCGUCCACCAAGGCCUCUGCUCUAUUUUCCCCAAACUCCAGGCUUUGAGAAUGCAUGACUGCCCGGGUGCAGCACGCUUGACACGGUGGCAUUCCCUGCGUUCCCUUGUUCUUGGCAUUGCUUGGCAUUGCUUGAGUAAGAGCAGAGGCAACCCCUGCCUGCCCACAGAUUUAGGCUGAAUGCUAACAGACAAGCAGGCAGCGUGUGUAUGCAGGGAGUUUGCUUCUUUGUACAUGUGUUAAAAUACACUUGUCCCCUUAGCCAUUUCAAGGACACUGAGUAUUCGUGCUGCUGUAUAACUACCCACUCACCCUUUCUAGCUUGACAUUAUCCUAAACGGAAACUGUGGACCCACUGAUACCAACUCCCCAAUCCCUGCUCCUCCCAACUCCUAGUAGCCACCAUUCUUUCUCUCUGAAUGUCAAAAUUCUGUCAUUCCCUACAAAUGAAACUACUCAGUAUUUUUCCUUCUGUGGCUUUUCUGUGACACCUUUCAAGGUUCACCGUGUUGUUACCUGGCUCAGAAUUUCCUUCCUUUUGUGGCUAAAUACUAUUCCAUUGUACACCUACCUCACAGCUUGCUUCUGCAUCAGGCUGUUCUUGUUUCUGCCUCAGCUUUGACAAGUCCUAUGCGUGUUUGGAGGUGUUAGAUAAUAAAACCAAGUUGUGAAAAUAGUGCCUGUGUGAACCCUGAGGACGGAGACCCCAACGCUUCUCUCAACUUGGCAUUUAGGGGUGACAGACCCAGUGCUCAACCCAGCUGCUCUGAGCUCCCUCCUCUGUGUUCCUUCUUGGCUAGAGAAAACAAUUGUGUGUUCUGUCCACAGGAUGUUGUAUGAUGCUGUUUUUAUAACUGUAGCUCUGUCAGUCUCUGUGUCCCGACACUUGGGCCUGAGUGCACCUUGUGUGACCACUGCACUCUAACACCAUGGAGGAAGACGUCUCUGGAGCAGACAUGUUCCAUCUGUGCCCUGUCAGGUCUCCUGAGGUGAUUUGUCCUUUCAAGGGUGGAAAGUUUGGAGAUGAACUGAGCCUGUGAUGGGGAAGAGAGCCAGGGGCCUGUGGACACCGAGAACCCAACCCAGAGGGGCUCUUAGAGGGACACUGUGUCCUUCCGUGCCAUGUGCCACAAGAGCAGUCAUUCUCCAAAUGGGUCUCCACAGAUGAAUGGGCUCUUGACUUCCCCAAGACCAUGCGAACACGUCUGACCAAUGUGAGGGAAGGCGGUGCCCACCAGGGCCCACAAACCACAGACUGGCCAGCCUUGGACCGCCAACUUUCUGUAGAGGCCUGGAGGAUUCAUGGGCUGACUCCGGUUGGAAUGGAAGGUAGAAUUGGCAAAGGAAUCCGGGAGCCCCCUAUCAUUAACCUACUGUGCAUUCAUCCUGAGUCCAGGUGCCAGCCAAGCCCGGGGCUAGAAGGACAAAGCAUUGCUCUUAGGCUCUGGGCCUCUGUGCAUCCUUUUCCUUAGCUCACCUCUCAGAAGUGCCACUGAGAAAAGAUAGAUGAGAAAGAGGUGACCGGCAGCUUCAUCACAAGCAAACAAUGUUGAGGCAAAACAGAUUCCUUGUUGAAAAGCCCAAUUUAGCUGGCUGCUUCUGUUUUCACAAACAUGCCCCCAUGGUGGAAGUUUCACAAAAUAUAGAUAAGCAAAGAAGAAAAGGCAAAACGCUUCAACUAUAUGGGAGAUACACAUUCAUUUUGUGAGCAUAGAUACAUACAUGUUAAAUUUUUGUAGCACCCUAUAGAGGGAUAGGAUAAGCUAAAAUUCACCCAUCUACUGUGACCAUUCAGCAAUUGUAUAUUUGUUUCACCAAGGAUAUUUUCAUUCUUCUAAAAUGCUCCCUCAUGUCAAUGUAUGCCCUUCUCCCCUCACCCCAGAAUACCCUCCAUCUGGUUUCAGAAGGUUACGAAUAUGGACUUAGACUGUGGAUAGCGUUUUUGAGUCUGUCUCUUCUUGUUUGACAGGAUGACUCUGAGGUUUGCUCACAUCACAGCAUUUCUUAGUUUGUUCCUUUUUGUUGCUGAGUAGUACUCCAUUGCGGUGUGUGCAGUGGCACAGUGUUAUCUGUUCACUGGGUGACCAUCAUUUGGGUUAACAGUUUGAUUAUCGCAUGUGAAGCUGCUAUGCUCAAUCCCUCACAAGCCCUUCUGUGCACACAUAUUCUCAGUUCUCUUGGUGAAUAGGGUGCUGGGGUGUGCAGUGAGUAUAUACUUCUGUCUUCUAGCAGUGGCACAUUCUAGCGUUGUAUUUUGUUCUCACCAGCACUGAGCUGCAGUUGUUCUGUGUUUUUGCCAACACUUAGGAUUAUUGUUCUUUUUAAAGUUUUCCUGAUGACUAGUGAUGCUGGGUAUCUUUUCGUGUGUCUAUUGGCCAUCCUUUUAUUUUAACCAAUUAUUGUAUAAGUUAGUGUUGUUGUGGCAACUGAAGGCAGGGAAAGGUUGUUCUAGCUCACAGUUUACAGGUGCAAUUCAAUGUGGUGGGAAGGUGCGGCAGCAAGAGGGGUCCAGCUAUGGGGACAGGACCAUGAGGCUGCGAUCCCUAACCAUGUAUGCAGCUGCCUACAUUUGGGAUGCCCAGAGGUGUUGUCUACCAAGUGAUUCCAAAUACAGUCAAGUUGACAAGGGUUAACUGUCACAAUUAUUCUUAGCCUGGCCUUGAACUCACUAAAUUGCACAGGCCUGUCAUCAAAAAUAGCCUCAAAUUCUAGCACUCAGGAGGCAGAAGAAUCUCUGUGUGUUUUGGGUCAGCCUGGUCUACAUGGUAAGACCAUGGCUAAAAUAAAAUAAAUGUGUUUAUGCAAAUCAAAAGGCUAGUUUUGGAGGGUUGGGAAUGCCUCUCUAAGGAGGUAACAUUGCAAAAGAGACCUUUAGAGAGAGAAGAAGCUACAUGGCAAGCUGGCCAGUGUGGAAAGGCAGGGCCAGGCAAAGCAAGCAACAUGUGGAAAGGCCAUGAGACAGGCGAGGCAUAGAUGAAUAAGCAAAAUGCUACUGACUUUUAGCAAACUCAAAAUAUUUUAUUCAGUGCCUGUUAAAUCACAAGCAUGGGCCAAUGAGAAGGCUUGGUGGGUAAAAGAGAUUGUUACCCAAGCCUAGUGACCUGAGUUCAAUCCCUGAAACCUGCCAUAAAAGGAGAUAAGUGAUUCCACACCGUUGGCCUCUGACCUCCACAAAUACAUAAAUGCACCUAUACAAAUCCACACCAACACAUGCGCACACAGACUUGGGCAUGCAUGCACGCAUGCAGGUACCCCAGGAUUGGUAAACCAGUGCUUUCUGUCUGUUGCCUCUCAAUGGAACACAAGCUGAGGCUCAAGUCAAGGUCUUUUCAUCCCCUGGCUGCAGUGACCUAGCUUUCCUAUAUUUGAGAAACUGAGGUUCAGAACUAAACCAAGAGGCUUGAUGGAGGUUCCCUAUAAUCCUAAAAAUAAGCCCAGCCAGCCACAGGCUCCAGGCUGCUGCUCUGCUCUCAGGCCACAUUUCCAUCACAUUCAAAGGCUUCCAAAGAUUUGAGAUGGAGGGAACAACAGCCGCCCAAGGUGCAAACACAGCCUGAUCCAACACCACACCAAGCCCUCCAGGGAGCCCCCGCUCCCUUGCCCUGCGGUCACGGAAGGAGACGGCUCCUGGCCUGGUUGUCACAUCCUGCCCUUUGUUUGUGUUUGUGUUUGUGGUCCCUUGUCACGGCCUGGUCUUUGAAUCUGGCCACCAACAAAUGUUACAGUUGUCAUGUACAAGCAACCAAAUAAACAUGGGUGGAAAAACCCACGCUUAGCGAGAUGUGAGUUUAUCUGUGGCACAGCCAGUGGAAGUAUUAAAUCACCCUGUGUUUGAGGGGUUUUCACUACCCCCACCCCCCAGGACCCCGCUGCCUUCCCUUCUGCACAGAGGUCACAGUAACCAGACACUGAGAAGCCUUCAUUGCUGUUCUGGCUCCCCAGGAAGGACCCCUUGUUUGUCCAGUGGUCCCUCAAGCCCACAUGCAUCCAUCAUAAUCACCUCCUUUAUUUUCUCCUUUUCAGGUCUUUGGAAAAUGAUCCUGGCACCGCUGCCAUAAUUUGCAGAAAAUAACUUGUGAAAGAGUUUGAAUGUCUCAUUUUUAAAUUUCGUUUCCUCAGUAAGUUCUCUCCUUUUGUGUCUUCAUCACAAAAAAAAGAAAAGUUUCCAGGCAAAGCUGCCAGCUCUUUCGAGAAGAUGGAGAAUAAGAAUAGGUGAUGGGGCCUCUCAGCUGCAGGAACACCAUUUUGAUGGAACCAAAAUGAGUGGUGUGGAGUGGUGGCCCUUGCUGUGACAUCUACAUAGCCUCUAAGAGGAGAAACCCAAACAAAAUGGCAGCCUUUGUAGACUACUAUCCAGUGGGUUUAUUUCAUUUUAUUUUUUAAGAUUUAAAAACAAAAAAAGCGAAGUAUGGUGAUGCACACAUUUAAUCCCAGUACCUGGGGGAGGAGGGAAACCAAGGCAGGAAAUUUAAAAGUAUGUAUAUGUGUGUCUUCGGAGGGAAUUUACAUGUGGGAGUAGUGAGAGACCAAAAGAUUAAAAAUUAGCAGCUAUUGUGUAAGGCCUGAACUAGGUUGGUGGAGAAGUCCAGGAAUGCCCUGCGGGGGAAGAACCACCUUUUGCAUUUUUUUCCCCACCCACUAGAGAUACAGUUGCUAGGAAGCUGGCCCAUCCCCCUAGGGAGGGACACCAGAUCAUUAAUGGUCUGGGGACCUUCCUAUAGCCAGUCAAUUAAAAAUGUAGCAUUUUGACCAAUAGAUGCUUGCCAGGCAGGAAUUGCCCCUGCCUUGAGCGUGCUGGGAGGGACCAGAAUUUUUAAAUCACCCAACUAGCCCUAGCACGGCACGCUCGGCUCCCACUGCUUCAGUGGUGGGGGUGUGUGGGCCCAAGCUACAGCUUGUAAUUUACAAUAAAAAGAACCUCAU